GUAGCCCUUGGUGGUACGUUCGACCAUCUUCACCCUGCUCAUAAACUUCUCCUUCAAUCUUCUCUCUUUCUCGCCACUCGGAAACUCAUCAUCGGAAUCACCGCUCCUUCCUUACUCGUCAACAAGUCCAAUGCGGCACUUGUGGAGUCUCUCGAGGUUCGAACACGAAAUGUGGAGGACUUCCUUCGACGAUGUGGAGCUAAGAUACCUAUACGAGCGAAAGAGAUAAAUGACCCACUUGGUCCUACCGCAUGGGACGAGGACAUUCAGGCUUUGGUGGUAAGCCGAGAGACUGUGGCAGGUGGGGAGAUGGUGAAUACCAAACGGCGAGAGAACGGCUUGGGCGAGUUGGAACUGUUCAUCGUGGAUGUCAUUGCU